UCUGCUCCACCUCCUCCCCAUCUCCAUCACCGGCGUCCUGAGCUCUGCAUCCCUCUGCUGAGGACUCGUCACUGCAGCCGGGGCUGUGACAGCAGCUUCAGCAUCAUCCCCUCACCCGCCUCUGAUGCAUCCUCGAAAGCAUCGUUUUCUCACAAGCAUCCCAGCACCUCUGAGCUGCACACACCCCCUCUCUCGCCCAUCUCUCUCCUCCAGCAUCCGUGUAUCGCCAAAGACAACCAGGCAGUUAAAUCCCGGGCUAGAUUACCCUGCUGCAUCCCCCUCUUCCCUUCUGCUCGGCUGGGCUUGCCAUCGCAACAGUCUCCCCUCUCCCUUCCUCUUCAGCAUCAUCCGCUCUCCUCUUCACCAUUCAGUGAAAAAAGCAGGCAAGCUGUCUCUUUUUCCUGCAAAUGUGUCCAUUGGGUGGGCAGCUGGGUUACCGCUGUCCCUUUGGAGGAUGAUCCUGUGGAUGAAGACAGAAGAGAUGGCCGUUGGGGAGCUGCUGGAGAGACUGAGGACUGUCACUCGGAGCAUAGAUGAGAUCAUGCAGCUGGACAGCAGUCCCAUCCGAGCUGCGGACAUCACCCCCGACCUCAAGAAGCAGUUUGCCAUCCUUUCAGGAGGAAGAGGGGAUACCGGCAGCCCCAUCAUUGUAUUCCCAGAAUUCCCUGCGUUUGGAGAGAUCACGGACGGAGAGUUUCACAACGUGCUGACCUACCUGACCAGCGUGCCCAGUUUGUCUUCGACGGGAGUGGGUUUCAUUCUGGUUAUUGAUCGCCGGCAAGACCGAUGGGCAGCCGUGAAGGGGACCCUGCUUCGAAUCGCAGGCUCCUUCCCAGGGAACCUCCAGCUGGUUCUGGUUCUGAGGCCCACCGCCCUCCUGCAGCGAACACUCUCAGACAUCCUCUUCAAGUUCAACAAGGAUGAGUUCAAGAUGAAGGUGCCGGUGAUCAUGCUGAGCUCCAUCACUGAUCUGCACACCUACAUCGACCGCUCUCAGUUGACCCUGGAGCUCGGAGGAACGCAGCACUACUGCCAUGAGAAGUGGAUAUCUCACCGCACUGCUAUAGAAGGCUUUGCGUUGAUGGUAAAGAAAACAGCUCAGAUCCUGCAGUCGUUUGGGACCGAGCUGGCUGAAACUGAACUCCCCAAUGAAAUCCAGGCCACAACCGUCCUGCUGAGCACACACACCAACAAGAAAGACAAAAUGAAGGGGGAUCUGCUGGUGGCUCUGGGUCAGGGUCGCAGGCUGCUGGAGAGCAUCAAUGAACCGGUGGUGCGAGACCCCGACCACAACAUGAACCAGGACGAACUGGAGAACCUGGCUACAGUGCAACGACUGUUGUCUCAGCUGGACGAGACAGAAAGGGCUUUCGAUGAGUUCUGGGUGAGGCAUCAAACCAAACUGGAGCAGUGUCUCCAACUGCGCCACUUUGAGCACAACUACAGAGAGGUCAGGGCUCUGCUGGAUCAGGUGUCUGAGAAACUCUCAACCUUCUCUGAGGUGGGGAUCAGCCCGGCCCACGCUGAACACAUCUUCUGUGAACUCACCACGUAUGAGGAGAGAGUCUGUGACGGGUUGAACAGAGCCUCGUCGUUGGCCCGUGAGGGAGAUGAGCUGAUCCAGAACUCACACUACGCCGAGGACUCCAUUCAGCCCAAAUGCAGCGAGCUCAGAGCGAUCAGUGAGAAUGUGAGCAGCAGCCUGAGGGACAGGAAGGAGCACCUCGUCAAAGCCAUGGAGCUGCACCGCAGUUUGGAGAGAGCGUCUAAAUGGGUCGAUGAUGGUAUUUACAUGCUGGCGUCUCAGCCUGUGGACAAGUGUCAAUCACACGAGGGGGCAGAGUUAGCCCUGAAGGAGCUGGAGCGUUACCUUGACGAUGCAGGCCAGAACCAACUGACGGAACUCGGUAACAUCUGGACCGAGUUCGAGGCGGUGCUGAACCCGCAGUUUAAAGACCAAGUGGAGAAGGUUUUCCAGAAGCAGACGUCCAUGCAGGAGAUGUUUGACAAGAGGAGGGUCAGCCUGAAGAAGCUCGCAGCCAAACAGACCCGGCCGGUGCAGCCGGUGGCCCCCAGACCCGAAGCCUUCAUCAAAUCCCCUCUCAGCUCCCCCGCACACAGAGCUCCGCAGGAGAAAAAGUGUUCAGAGACAGACUCUGAGAACAUCUGUGAGAAAGAAAACGACCAACUGCAGAACGGAGACGGUAACAUCAGACAUGCCUCUCUAUCGGAGGAGGAGGAGAACCUGGCGGUGCUCAGGAGGCACGUUAUGAACGAGCUGCUGGAAACUGAGAGAGCCUACGUUGAGGAGCUGCUCUGUGUCUUACAGGGAUAUGCCUCAGAGAUGGAUAAUGCAGCCAUGGCUCCCCUCAUCCCCGCUCCUUUGCAGAACAAGAAGGAUGUUCUGUUUGGCAACAUGCCAGAAAUCUACCAAUUCCACAAGAGGACGUUUCUGAGGGAGUUGGAGCAGUACACCGACUGCCCAGAGUUGGUUGGAAGAUGUUUUCUUGAAAGGAUGACAGACCUGCAGAUCUAUGAGAAGUACUGCCACAACAAGCCUCGCUCUGAGAGCCUGUGGAGGCAGUGCUCAGACUGUGCCUUCUUCCAGGAGUGUCAGAAGAAGCUGGAGCAUAAACUUGGAUUAGAUUCCUACCUGCUGAAGCCUGUUCAGAGGAUUACCAAAUAUCAGCUGCUCCUGAAGGAAAUGCUGAAGUACAGUAAGAGCUGUGAGGGGGCUGACGACCUGCAGGCGGCGCUCACCUCCAUCCUCGGCAUCCUGAAGGCCGUCAAUGACUCCAUGCACCUCAUCGCCAUCACAGGAUAUGAGGGGAACAAGAGUGAGCUGGGGAAGCUGCUGAUGCAGGGAUCAUUCAGCGUGUGGACGGAGCACAAGAAAGGUCACGCCAAGGUCAAGGAUCUGGCCCGUUUCAAGCCCAUGCAGAGGCACCUCUUCCUCCACCAGAAGACGCUGCUCUUCUGCAAGAGGAGGGAGGAGAACGGGGAGGGCUACGAGAAGGCCCCCUCAUACAGCUUCAAACAGUCCCUCAAUAUGAGUGCGGUCGGCAUUACUGAGAAUGCAAAGGGAGACAACAAGAAGUUUGAAAUCUGGUGCAACUCCAGAGAAGAGGUGUAUAUUGUUCAGGCUCCGACGGCAGAAGUAAAAACCACCUGGGUGAAUGAGAUCAGGAAGGUGCUGACCACCCAGCUGGAAGCAUGCAGAGGUACACAAUCGGUUUUAUUACCAACGAGCCAGCAGAGGGCGCCAGAUCAGGUUGUACAGUCUCCUGCUCUCAGUGGAUCAGUAAAUCUCAGUCCAUUCAAGUCCGGUCAGAAGAGCUUAAAGAGAGGAGAGGAGAAGAAAGCUGAGCCCUGCAGCCUGGAGGCAAACUGUUCCUCCUCACCAAAGCCUACAGGAAAAGAAGAGGCUGUGACAAGCCCGACCUCAGACCGAGCUGCUGUGGCUAAAAAGCGCUUUACUUUACAGGGCUUCAGUAACCUCAAAGCUCAGAAAGAGCCUUCUGAUGAUAAAAGCUUUACGUUACCAUCCAUGAUGAUCUUCCUGUCCUCAGCAGGUUCUCCUACGAGCCCCGAUCACAAGACGAAACGGCAGAGCGACCCGACGCCAUUCGGCUUCAAAGGCUGGAACAAAACCUCCCUGUCGCUGGACGCCUCAGAGGAGCGUGACGGAUACUCCAGCGCUGAGGAGCCUCUGAACUCUGACCCAGAGGAGGACACCGGCAAGAAGCUGACUGCUGGCAAAUAUACAGUGACUGCUGACUAUGAGCAGGGCGGCGCUGAAGAGCUCUCAUUGAAGAGCGGAGACAUGGUGGAGCUGGUCAAGGAGGGGGAAGACGGACAGUGGUUGGUGCGUAACCUGAGCAGCUCCACAGAGGGCUGGAUCGCUGCUGCUAGUCUCAUCACACUCAUUGGAAAGUCCAAGUCCUGCCAGUCUCUCACCAGCUCAGAAGGCAGUGGCUCUGGAAACCUCAGCACGUCGUCCAGCUGCAGUGAAACCUACACAAGCUUCCCGGACAUCAAACCCUGAACUCCUGCACUUCCUCCUCACCAGACUGCCCUCGUGAAUGCUUGCAUCUGUGCUGUGUUGCCAACAUCAGAAGAAUUCUUGUAAUUUGUUUCCACAGAAAGCUGUAUAUUUUUUUUAAACAUCAUGCACACACCAAUUCUUAAGAUAAUGUUGUACAUGUGCACAUGUUAGGGACGUGAAUUGUGUGGUGAAGAAACUGAAUAUAUCAAAACAUCACAGACACAGUAAGUAUAGUCAAAGGAUCUUCCUCCAGUCAUACACUUCCUGUCUGUUUUUUUCGAAUGAAGAACCCUCUGUUCAUAAUGUAAUGAUGUAUGAAUGGGCCAGCAGGACUGAUCUCAGUUAAUGCAUCCAUGUGUGUUCCCAAGUGGGGAAAGAUGUGUGAUUAUAUGCAGAUGACAGAGUUGUCUUUGUGUAAUCUGCAGUAAUUCACCCAGGCAGGAGUAUAUAAAUCCACUGUUAAAUAAAACAGGAGAGAGAUAAAUGCAGCUGGUUUAGCUUGAAUGGAUGUUUUCUCAGUGUCUACUCACCCUCUCCUCUGCUUUGCCCUUUAAUAUAUGUUUAUUUAUUUUUACGAAACAACAAAGCCCACUUGUAUUUAGUCACUUUAUAAUUUUCCUGCUUCUCUUACUGUCUUUUUACUCUGUUGGCUGUCCCUCUGUUGUCAUUAGAAACCUGUUCUGCCACCAGCUGCCCAGACUUUGUGUUUUUGGGGUCUCUUACGGCCUCAUGGUCUAACUCUGUGAGUUUUCAUGUACGCUACAGUUUAAAAAAAAGCUUCUCCAUGUGGAUAAUCAGAGGUCACUGUAAAGCGCUAACUUAUUCCCCGUGGAGGGAUCACGUUCUGAAUGUAGAUAUUGUUCAUUACUUUCCGUCUGUCAUGAAAUGUUUGUUAUUUGAGAUGCUAUAUUGUACAUUAAGUAUGGUGCGUCACUUUGUGACUUGUCAAUUUUUUUUUUACAUAAACGACUUAUGAUGAAUCAG